AUGAGUGGGGUGGGGGGGUCCGAGGAGGCGAGGUGCCAGGCGGCGCUGGGGAUCCUGGCCUCGCUAUGUCAGGGGCAGCCGCCCCCCCAGGGACUGGACUUGGAGACUUGUCGGAGUUUCGAGCUACAGCCCCCGGAACGGAGUCCAAGUUCUGCUGAUACAGGCGCCUCCAUCAGCCUCCUUGCUGUGGUAGUUAUUGUGUGUGGCGUGGCCCUGGUGGCAGUUUUUUUCUUUCUCUUUUGGAAGCUGUGUUGGAUGCCCUGGAGGAACAAGGAGGCCUCCACCCCCUCUUCCGCUAACCCUACCUUGGUGGCCCCCCAGAGCCCCAGCCCCAGCCCCAGAGACACGAUGGCCGACAAGCUGAAGGACCCUAAUACCCUCGGCUUCCUGGAGGCAGCCGUGAAGAUCAGCCACACGUCACCAGACAUCCCAGCAGAAGUGCAGAUGUCUGUCAAAGAGCACAUCAUGCGUCACGCGAGGCUACAACGGCAGACCACAGAGCCCGCCUCCUCCAUCAGGCACACCUCCUUUAAGCGCCACCUGCCCCGGCAGAUGCAUGUCUCCAGUGUGGACUAUGGCAAUGAUCUGCCCCCUGCUGCUGAGCAGCCUACCAGUAUUGGCCGCAUUAAGCCCGAGUUGUACAAGCAAAAGUCUGUGGAUGGUGAGGAAGGCAAGAAUGAAGCUGCCAAGACUUGUGGCAAGAUCAACUUUAGCCUGAAGUAUGACUAUGAGAACGAGACCCUGGUUGUGCGGAUCCUGAAGGCCUUUGACCUCCCUGCUAAGGACUUCUGUGGCAGCUCAGACCCCUAUGUCAAGAUCUACCUCCUGCCUGACCGCAAGUGCAAGCUGCAGACCCGUGUGCAUCGUAAGACCUUGAAUCCCACGUUUGAUGAGAAUUUCCACUUCCCUGUUCCUUACGAGGAGCUGGCUGACCGGAAGCUCCAUCUCAGUGUCUUCGACUUUGACCGCUUUUCCCGCCAUGAUAUGAUUGGGGAGGUUAUCUUGGACAACCUCUUUGAGGCCUCUGACCUGUCCCGAGAGACAUCUAUCUGGAAGGACAUUCAGUACGCCACCAGUGUGAGUACCUGUCUUUAUUUCUUGUAG